AUGGAGAACACGCCAGCCGCCGCCGCGCCCACACCCGCCGCGCCCGGGUCCGCGCCCUCGCCGGAGGUCGCGACCGCACCAAUAUCUGAGCCCGCCGCCGCAGUCGCCACCGAGUCCCCGGCGCCACAGGAAGACCCGAAGCCGACGUCCACGUCGACGGAGCCGUCGUCGUCCUCGGCGGCCGCAGCAGCAACAGCAGCAGCCCCUGCCGAACCUUCGCCUUCGCCGGCAGCAGCAGCCGAACCACAGGCGGAGACGGAGCCGAAGCAGAUCACGGCGACGUCCACGUCGCUGUCCAUCACGGUGCUGGUGCAGUCUGGCGUUCGCCAGAAUUUCGUGCUGGACCGUGGCUACCUCGAGCGACAUAUCGUCAAGUCCCCGAGCUCGAAGGAGAUGCUCACUGAUCCCAUGGAGAUGACGGUGGCGCAGCUGAAGGAGUGUAUCUGGAAGGAUUGGAUAGAUGAUUGGGACCAACGACCGGCAAGCUCUUUGUUUAUCAGGCUGAUACAAUUCGGGGCGUAUCUGCAGGAUGCAAAUCCCUUGAAAGACUGCCGACUAAGCACCGACUCGUCGAACGUGAUCCACAUGGCGAUAAAACCCGCCGAGGUCGGCGACGACGACGGCACACAGCGGAGCACAAAAGGCGCGUUCGGCGGGCCUGGCAGCGGCGGCGGAACAGGCGUCGCAAGGGGCUGUCGCUGCGUCAUCUUAUGA